AUUAUUUUAACACAAAAUCUAUUUUUUAUUAAAAAAAGUAAUACUCUUAUGGAAAAUUUAAUUGGUUAAAGUUCUUUAUUUUGCAAAAGUGAAUCUAGCUUCCCAAUUAAAUAUUAUCUUCACUUUUUUGUUUCUUAUUUCAAUUUUUGAUAUUGUUAAGGAAGGCUUUAACCCAUUUUGAAAUGAUAUCAUAAGGUUUCUUGGUCUUAAGGUCUUGAAUAAUGUUGUGGUACGUUCAGGAAAGGAAACGACAACUAAAGUCCGAUUUAAAGAAACUGGAGACUGAAAAAGGGAGAUUAAAGGAUCAGAUUAUUGAAUCCCUACAAGUAGAUAAUGUAUUGGUGAAUCGACUGUCUGAAACUCAAUCAAAAGAACUGGGCGAACUUAGAAGCAAAUUGGAAAAUUUAGAAAAAGAAUUUGCCUCAACGAGAACUUGUGGCAAUAGCCAGAGCAUAGCUAGAAGCGGUACCAGCUUGAUCGAUUUUGAGCAAUAUUGUCCCAAUGGGGAUACAGAAGGUUCUAUGCAGAGCAGUCAAGCAACGAUGCUUCCCCCAUCCUCGGCCUUCCCCAGUGAUGCAACCAGUCCAGCAAUAGGGUCGCUCUCAACCCAGUCAUUGCGCACUUUUGGAGAGGGAAAAGCUAGAGGUCGUGUUGAAAUUAAAGAUUGCGAGGGAGAUCUUUGUUCUUGUAAUGAACUGAAGAAAUGUCCAUGGAGCAUGGAGGAAGAUGUAAAACUAAUAUCCUAUAUCUCGAGCUCUGGCCCUGGGAGCUGGAGAGAACUGCCAAAAUUUGCAGGCCUAUCAAGAUGUGAGAAAUGCUGCAGGAUACGAUGGAUGAACCAUAUAAUUAAAAUAUGCAAACCAUAGUGAAGAAAAAGAUGCAUUGAUCUUGAAAUUACAAGAAAUAUUAGGAAACAGGGUGGCCGUUAUUGCAUCAAGAUUACCUGGAACGACAGAUAAAUGAAAUUAAGAACCACUG